AUGACGAGACGCCUGCUCGUGUCGCUCUGGCUUGCAUCGCUCUUCGUGGCGGUGCGCAGCUUCGGCGUCUGCUACGACUCGUACGACCCGGGCAACGCCGGUACGCACUUCCAGACGAUCAAAUCGCGCUUCUCCUUUGUACGCACUUACGAUACACACUUUUGGAACGGCGCCAACGCCAUCAAGCUCGCGGCAGCCAAUGGUCUCACCAUCCACGCUGGCGUUUGGCUGCGGGCCGGCGACCAACAGAUCGCGGCCGACGUCAAUGCGAUCAUUGCGGGCCUCCGCAGCCACCCCAGUAGCGUCCCGAUCGUCUAUGUUGGCAACGAAGACCUCAUGAACGGCUGGAACCUCGACAUGGUCAGGGCCAAGGUCGAGUCGGUGCGCGCGAGCCUCGUCAACGCCGGUGUUAGCAAGAACGUGCUGAUUGGAUCGGUCCAAACGGACGGUGACUGGCUCGGCAACCGCGGUCUUGCGGCCGCCGUCGAUGUCAUUGGCGUCAACAUUUACCCGUUCUUUGGCGCGUCGGAAGAUUCCAAGACCAACCCGAUCGCGGACCUCGAGACGCGCUGGAAUGCGAUGCUAACUGCGUUUCCUGGCAAGCGCAUUGAGCUUGUCGAAACCGGGUGGCCCCACGCGGGCCCGACGCUCAACGGCCACGUGCCGAGCUACACGAAUGCCGUCGACUACUUUAACAAAGUCCAAGCGUGGAUCCAGAACCAGGGCAAGGGCGGGCAGCGGCCGUCGUACUUUAUGUUUCACGACAACCCGCACAAGGUCAUUGGCUCGAUCGAAGGCAGCUUUGGCCUUGCCAACCAGCGCGGCGAGUGGAAGUUUAGCUUUGCCGGCGACAACAGCGGCCCGGCACCCGCCAGCCCAGCGCCGGCUUUGACACCGACACCGGCUCCGACUCCGACACCGGCCUUACCGACGUCGACGGGCAACCUCCGCGCGUCCUUCCAGCUCGUCACGGCCAAAGGAUUGGUCGUUGCCACAGUCAACAACGCACUCUCGGCGGUCGCCAACACCAACCAAGCCGGUAGCUUCUGGACGUUCAACGCCGCGACGCAGCAAGUGCGCAGUAACAAUGCGGACAAUCGGUGCCUCGACGCGUUCCAGAGCAAUGGCCAGUUUCACGUGCAUCUGUACGACUGCGGGGACGGCAGCAACGGCAACCAAAAGUGGCGCGUCAUCGAUAACAAGGUUAUCCACGCGACUCACUCGAACCUGUGUCUCGACGUCAACCCGACGGACCCGAGCGUCCAGGUCUUUGGGUGCGUGGCCAACAACGACAACCAGCGCUUCAUCGUGACGGCGACGACGCAGCGCGCGCGCUUGACCAAUGGCGUGCUCGCCUUGGCCGCGCUGCGCAGCGGUCAAGUGACCUUUAUCAACUCCAACGCGAGCGAGGCCUUCUGGAUGGUCGACGCAACGACGGGCCUUGUCAAGAACGAAGCCGUCGGCCAGUGCCUCGAUGCAUACCAAGCGCGCAACGGCGGCGCCGUGCACUUGUACGCAUGCGAGGCGACCAACGUCAACCAGAAAUGGGCGUACGAUGCCACGACCAAGCAACUCCGCCACGCCAAGCACAACGGCUAUUGCCUCGACAUGGCCACGGACAGCGGGAGCUACCCGCAUUUGUGGUCGUGCCACAGCGCGGCAAGUCCGUGGCUCCGCCUCCAGCAGUUUGUCUACGGCGUCUAGGACACUUGAGUAGUACAACGAAUCUGUGUAUUAUUGUACCUGCGCGUCCGCGGUCGCUAAAAGGCGUGCUAGAAGAAGAG